AUGACAUCUCCCUGUGGCCCCGACCACCUGUGGCAGGUGCCCCAAAACAUACCUGCACACUGGCCCACCAUCCACCAGCCUCCCUUCCUCUUCUCUCCAGGGGUGGCCACGUACACAGACAAGUUGUUCAAGUUCCGCAACAACCGGUGGGAAGACAUCCUCAGCGAUGAGGUCAACGUGGCCCGUGGUGUGGCCAGCCUCUUUGCCGGGCGCUCCGUGGCCUGUGUGGACAGGACGGGCUCCGGACGCUACUCUAUCUAUAUCGCCAAUUAUGCCUACGGUAACGUGGGCCCUGAUGCCCUCAUUGAAAUGGACCCCGAGGCCAGUGACCUCUCCCAGGGCAUUCUGGCUCUCAGAGAUGUGGCUGCUGAGGCUGGGGUCAGCAAAUACACAGGGGGCCGGGGUGUCAGCGUGGGCCCCAUCCUCAGCAGCAGUGCCUCAGACAUCUUCUGUGACAACGAGAAUGGGCCCAACUUCCUCUUCCACAACCAGGGUGAUGGCACCUUCGUGGAUGCGGCUGCCGGCGCUGGAGUGGACGACCCCCACCAGCACGGGCGAGGUGUUGCCCUGGCUGACUUCAACCGCGAUGGCAAAGUGGACAUCGUCUAUGGCAACUGGAACGGCCCCCACCGGCUCUACCUGCAGAUGAGCGCCCAUGGGAAGGUCCGCUUUCGGGACAUCGCCUCGCCCAAGUUCUCCAUGCCGUCCCCGGUCCGCACAGUCAUCGCCGCCGACUUUGACAAUGACCAGGAGCUGGAGAUCUUCUUCAACAACUUCGCCCACCGCAGCUCCUCAGCCAACCGCCUCUUCCGUGUCAUCCGCAGGGAACAUGGCGACCCCCUCAUCGAGGAGCUCAAUCCUGGCGAUGCCUUGGAGCCUGAGGGCCGGGGCACAGGGGGCGUGGUGACAGACUUCGAUGGAGACGGGAUGCUGGACCUCAUCUUGUCCCACGGAGAGUCCAUGGCUCAGCCGCUGUCUGUCUUCCGGGGGAACCAGGGCUUCAGCAACAACUGGCUGCGCGUGGUGCCUCGGACCCAGUUCGGGGCCUUCGCCAGGGGAGCUAAGGUCGUGCUCUACACCAGGAAGAGCGGGGCCCACCUGAGGAUUAUCGAUGGGGGUUCAGGCUACCUGUGUGAGAUGGAGCCCGUGGCGCACUUCGGCCUAGGUGAGUCAGGGCCGGGGGCAGGGCGGGCGACGAGCCGUUGUGCCCGACAGCGGGCUCCUGGAAGUGCCUCCCGAAGCAUGCUCAGUGACACAGAACUCGCAGCCCUGGCAGCUGCCAGCGCACGGUACUUCCAGACCUGGGGACAGCCGUGGCUGGUGGACGACAUGCCCUCCCUGCUGUCACUGUCCGAUUGUUAUGGUGACUUGCAGUGA